GCAGCAGCAGCAGCUAUUGGCCAGCGUUUCUGUCCGUCAAUCAGAAACCGUGUACGCAUGCGCAUACGGACAACAAUGAUGGCCGAUUCAGCCGGCGUUUUAGCUCCUCGUCGGCUCAGUGUGGCUGAUAAAACUCCCGUCCAGAUCCUUCAUGAAUACGGCGUCAAAACCGGCACUGCCCCCGAGUACGCGCUCAUUCGUGCUGACGGGGACGCGCACCAGCCCUCUUUCAUCUUGAGUGUCACUAUUGGAGAUGUUGUCUGCAAAGGUCAAGGAUCCACUAAAAAGGCUGCCAAGCAAGAAGCUGCCACCGCUGCCUUAAAAUUAUUACAAAUCGACACCCAGCUGAAUGAUGAGAGAGAGAAUCAUGGUGUGUCUCUUGAAUCUGUUGAUGCCUCGAAUCCUGUGGGAAUACUGCAGGAGUUGGCGAUGCAGAGAGUUUGGUGUUUGCCGGAGUAUGUGUUGUGUAUGGAAACAGGGCCCGAUCAUAUGAAAGAGUUCUCGGUUGUCUGUCGAUUAGAAGGACUGGAAGAAGCGGGUACCGGCAGCUCUAAAAAGAUGGCCAGAAGAGCGGCGGCCGAGCGAAUGCUGGAAAAACUCCGGAUUUUAUCUGGAUCUUCUGAGAUUACAUGGACCCCUCCACCUCGUGUGAAUCUGGACAGUUUUUGGCAUUCAACAGGGGAGAGGAUUUCACUCCUGAAGAGAUCUCCUCUCAGCAUUCCCAACACAGACUACAUUCAGAUGUUGCUGGAGCUUUCACUGGAACAGGGAUUUCAGGUCACAUACAUGGACAUUGAUGAGCUGACAGUGAAUGGACAGUAUCAGUGUUUGGUUGAACUGUCCACCAGACCUGUGACCGUUUGCCAUGGAUCAGGAAUAACCAGCAGUAACGCCCAAAACUCUGCUGCACAUAACGCCCUGCAGUACGUCAAGAUGGUCGCCAAUAAACAAUAGGAACAGAUCUGUGAGCAGCAUUUGCAGCACUGAACUGAGAUCAGUAUGGUGGAUGAUAUCUGCUCUAUGAGCAGACCUGUAUGAGCUCAGUCUGUUUUACACCGCUCAGAUUAAACAGCCAGCAUGAUUUCACACUAAUGACAGCGUUUGUGUCAGUAAACAUUUAUUUCCUUCAAUAACCACCAUAAAUAAAAGAAUAAGGAGUAAGAUGUGGUGAAGUUACACAUUUAAAUGAAAUUCUGAAUUGGAGGGGUUUAUUAAAAGGAAUUCAUCUUUAGUGACUUGUUUAAAACUAUAUCAUGUCAUUGUUAGGUUUUUAAAUAGUCUGGAUUCAGUCAGGUGGUUUAUUGAAUAAAGUGCUGUCGGUAUGUUGGUCUUUGAGUAUGUUCAUCAAACACGACAGUGCUUCACUGCUGCAUUUUAAUCUUGUUUUAUUAAAACAUGUAUUGCAAA